AUGUUUUUACCAAUUUAUGAGGAAUCAAAGAUGAACUUGGAGCAGGAGAGGCCUUUUGUCUGCAGUGCCCCAGGCUGCUCACAGCGUUUUCCAACAGAGGAUCAUCUGAUGAUUCACAGGCACAAACAUGAAAUGACUUUGAAGUUUCCUUCAAUAAAAACAGAUAAUAUGUUAUCAGAUCAGACUCCUACACCAACACGCUUUCUGAAGAACUGUGAGGAAGUGGGCCUCUUCAAUGACAUCGAUUGCUCCCUAGAGCACGAGUUUAGGAAGGCACAAGAAGAAGAGAACAACAAAAGGAAUAUCUCCAUGCAUAACACAGUUGGAGGAGCAAUGGCAGGACCUGGAUCUCACCAGCUGACAAAUACAAGGAUGCCAAACCACGACACCAGCGUUGUGAUUCAACAAGCCAUGCCAUCUCCACAGUCCAGUUCGGUCAUUACACAAGCACCUUCCACAAAUCGACAGAUUGGGCCUGUCCCAGGUUCUCUGUCUUCAUUACUGCACCUACACAACCGACAAAGACAGCCUAUGCCUGCCUCUAUGCCUGGCACCCUGCCCAACCCUACCAUGCCUGGAUCUUCUGCUGUACUCAUGCCUAUGGAGCGACAAAUGUCAAUGAACUCCAACAUCAUGGGGAUGCAGGGGCCGAACCUCAAUAAUCCGUGUGCUUCACCUCAAGUCCCCCCAAUGCAUUCAGAAGCCAAAAUGAGACUGAAGGCAGCACUGACUCAUCAUCCUGCCGCCAUGUCGAAUGGGAAUAUGAACACCAUGGGCCACAUGAUGGAAAUGAUGAGCUCGCGGCAGGACCAGACGCCACACCAUCAUAUGCACUCACAUCCUCAUCAGCACCAGACACUGCCACCUCAUCACUCAUACCCGCAUCAGCACCAGCAUCCGGCGCACCAUCCUCAUCCUCAGCCUCAUCACCAGCAGAAUCAUCCCCACCACCACUCUCACUCGCACCUUCACGCACACCCGGCACAUCACCAGACCUCACCGCACCCCCCGCUGCACUCAGGCGGACAAGCACAGGUUUCGCCGGCGGCGCAGCAGAUGCAGCCCACGCAGACGAUACAGCCGCCGCAGCCGACCGGAGGUCGCCGGAGGAGGGUGGUGGACGAAGACCCGGAUGAGAGGAGGCGGAAAUUUCUGGAAAGGAACCGAGCCGCCGCCACGCGCUGCAGACAGAAGAGGAAGGUCUGGGUGAUGUCACUGGAAAAGAAAGCAGAAGAGCUCACCCAGACAAACAUGCAGCUUCAGAACGAGGUUUCCAUGCUGAAAAAUGAGGUAGCACAGCUGAAACAGUUAUUGUUAACACAUAAAGACUGUCCGAUAACAGCUAUGCAGAAAGAAUCGCAAGGAUAUCUAAGUCCUGAGAGCAGUCCUCCCGCGAGCCCGGUCCCAGCUUGCUCCCAGCAGCAAGUCAUCCAGCACAACACCAUCACGACCUCCUCCUCCGUCAGCGACGUUGUGGGAAGCUCCACUCUCACCCAGCUCGCCAGCCACAGAACAGACAUCAACCCCAUCCUUUAAAAGUGGUUGAUCAGAAACUGCUAGGGGAGUGUGGUAGCGUAUCAAAGCGUCCUCUGUGCUAAGGACAUUUGCAACCGUAACUCAA